AUGGCAAAUAUUGCUUCUAGAAGUGACUUCACAGAUGAUAUUCUAUCAUUUUGUGAUGAUGAUUUCUACAAUUUAGUUCAACAGCAGUGUGGUGCGAUUGCUUUGGAAAUUAUAAAAGCUCAAGAUAUUACAUCAAUUAGUUGUCUACUGGAUAUUAACAAUAUAUUUGAUUUUCUGCAUCUUGACUCGGAUGAAUUAAUUCCAUUGAAGAAAAAAGCUGGUGUCAUACUGAAAGAUGGUCGCUUAAUUAUCAAAACGGGACUUGAGCACAAAGUUAAGAGUUUUCUGAACAAUCUUCAUUGUCUAAAUCAACAACGUUCAACUACCUCUUACAAUUCAGAUCGUUCUCUUGAUAUGACUGUUCCUGAACAACUAUUACACAUGUUUCCGUUCAUCCGAACCCUUAUCAACUGUUCAAAUCUGAUUACAAAAAGUGAAAUUAAUUUUACCUUUUUCAAUGCAAUGUUGAAUAAUAUGGUUAGAAACUUCAUUACUGAAGAACAAGGUUAUCGAUAUGAUUCAACUGUUCGACAAUUUGCAAGCUGUUUAUAUAUCCUUGGUGGCCGUACAGCGUAUGAAUUUGUACGUUUGAAUCUUCCGGGUUUUCUUCCAAGUGUACAAAUUAUUCAAUCAGAUAUUAAUUCGUUCAAAAAUCAUUUAUCUGAAGGACAAUUUAAUUAUGACUAUGCUCAUGAGUAUUUCCAAUUAAAUAAAUCAACAAUCGGUUUUUGUGCAGAAGACUGUACUGCGAUCAUACCCAAAAUCACAUAUGACACAAAAUCGAAUGCAUUUAUUGGGUUCUCAUUACCUCUUGAUAAAAAUGGGAUACCUCUUAACAGUUUCUAUUCAACGUCAUCUUUCACUCGUUUUGAAGAAUGGUGUUCUAAUCUCUCACAAGCAAAUCUGUUAAAUGCUUGUCUCAUUCAACCACUCUCUUCUUCAACCGAAAACAUUUCUCCGUAUCUUCUUGCUGCUUUUGGAACCGACAACAGAUUCAUAUCAUCAGACAUCAUUGCACGUUGGCUUCACAUUUAUGAAGAAUGUAAGACAAAAGGAAUUAGAAUUAUUGGAUAUGCAGCUGAUUGUGACAGUCGUUACUUACGUGCAAUGAGAAUAUCUCUCGGAUUUUUCAGUUCUUUUCGAUAUCAUGACCGUUCUGAUCUUUUUGAAAUUGAGCUUCCAUCUAAUUGGUCUUGGUUUUUUAUGCAACCGGAGCAAUUAUAUGUGUGCAUUCAAGAUCCAAUCCACAUUUGUACAAAACUACGUAAUCGACUUUUGUCUACAACUGCAACUCUUGUUUUGGGCAACCAGUUAAUUAGCACUAAACCACUUUUUUAUUUAAUUGAUAAUUUUUCUAAAUUUGACCAUGCGCUUGUACCAUCCGAUGUUAACGUUAAAGACAGGCAAAACUUUCAAUCGUGUGUGAAAAUAUCAAGUCAAAAUGUAAUCAAUAUGCUCGAACACGUUCCGGAUUCGAUUGGUAUUAUCAUUUACUUGAAGGCCAUACAAAGCAUUCGACUUGCUUAUAUUGAAAAAAGUACAAGUGUUGUCGAUAGAAUUUUCCAUGCAUGGUUCGUAGUGUUCAUUUUUCGGCUUUGGUUUGUGUGGUUGAAUUCUACGAAGAAACAUGAUCUUGACAUAGCUUUUACAAAAUUAUCUAGAUCGGAUAUAUCUGAUAUGGAGAAAAAGAAAACAAAACGUAGCUAUUUCGUUACGUAUCAAUCAUAUUUCUCAAUGGAAAUCAAUGCUCAUAGUUUAACAUAUCUUGCUGUCUUAGUGUCAGAAGGAACCCUUCCUUCUGAGGCUCUUCAUACGUGGUUACAAAAUUCGCAGAGUUGCGAAAGCACUUUUCGUUCAGCCAGAUCGAUAUCCAGCAUUAGUUCAUCAGGAGUGAAUUUUACAAUUUCACAAUUCUUAUCUCGAAUCAACAAAUUCUUCAUGUUAAAUGACAUAAAAACUCAUGCACAUGAAAAUAAAUUACGUUUCCCUAAACACCACAAACUGUCGUCAACACUGCCGUAUGCUUCGAAUUCAUCAAACGUAAUGAUUAUUUCAAAAAUUGAUAUUGAAAAUAUUGUUAUUAAUGCCUUUCAAAGUGCAAUUGAACUUUUUAAACCAAUCAAUAUUGAAGAAAUUUCCUCAAGUGAAACGUCAAUAUCGAUCAAUGAUCUUAGCGACAAGGUUUCACGUCAUUUAGAUGACUUUUGGAUCACAGAAGAUAGUUCUCGCGACGACAAAAAUUCAGAUUUUGCCACUGAGUCUGAUGAUGAAUUGGACAAUGACGAUAAUACUGAUGAAUAUAUGACACUGAAUAGCAGUUUUGACACCAUAGAUGAUGUUCGUGAAUGUGAUACGGGCUUUAGGUUGGUUGAUAAUGUGAAAGAAGAAUUUUCUCAAAACUACUUUCAUAUUAAUGUUAAUGGAAACAAAAAGUAUCUUCACAAACAGACCGCAUGUUGGUAUCUGCAAAAUGAUAGAUGUUCUUUAUCGUCAGAUCGAUUAACCCGCGUUCAAGGUGUAUGA